CUCGCCUCAGCCGAACGCUAUAACUUGAAGAUAUACCGAUAGACCAACUCCCCCGGUAUACCGCAUCUGGCCUUUCAAAAAUCGAUUCCGAUCUCAAACGACCCUGAUCUGCUUUGCCGGAACAAAUCAUCCUACCUAGCGAGAAUGAUUACACCUUUUGUCUUGAGAAGGGCCUCGUGCAAUGUCUAUGGCGGCAUUCUUACUCGCCGGUCCGUUGCUCAAAAGCCAUUUCAUAGCUCUACGUCCCCUAGGGCAAUUUCACCACUUCGGAUGCCAGCUCUCUCUCCUACUAUGGAAAGUGGUCAAAUUUCGAAAUGGAACCUCGACCCAGGAACAGCUUUUAGCGCUGGUGACAUCCUGUUGACGGUUGAAACGGAUAAGGCGGAGGUGGAUGUUGAGGCUCAAGAUGAUGGUUAUAUGGGUCAACACCUUGUACCGGCCCGUACGGCGGUCAAGGUGGGUGAAGUGAUUGCAGUAUUGGGUGAAGAGGCGGAAGAUGUCAAUAAAUCAGUUGAGGUGCCAGAGGCUUGGAAAUCGACUGGUGAUUCCUCCGGAUCCAUUAAAACAGAAGAUUCACAAAAUAAGAUCAAAUCAACCGGAACGUCCGACGGUGCAUGUGCUUCAAGUUCAUCGGACAACAAGAAAUCCGCUGCUGAAUUUGGAAAUCUACAUCCCACUGCAAAGAUGCCGCUGAGUCCAGCUGUGUCACGCCUUCUGAUCGAAAACCAGAUUAGCGAUGCCACCGAGAUUAAAGGUACAGGGUUGAAUGGUCGGCUUACAAAAGGAGAUGUUUUACUCCACCUUGGUAAAGUCUCUUCUCCUGUCGGCUCAGCACAGAAUAUGAUAGACGAUGAUGCACGCUCAAGGGCCUUGGAGAAAUCAAGCCUCUCUUCAGCCACGUCCACAUCUGAUUUGAAGCCUCAACCACCAAUUGACGGACCUACACUUCGUCGACUCAUUACUGAGGGUCUGGCACUUGUUUCUCAAUCUACAGAAACUCCUAUACCUUCAAAACCCUCUGCAAGCUUCUCAUCAAUUCUUGGAGAUUACCAUUCUAUGAUUCCUUUAUCUACUCCCACCUCUUCUAUCCCACCUCCGCCGACAAGGGAUACAUAUCUAGAUGGACUCAGUUCUUAAAUAGAGUUGACUUUUGGGCAGUUUACAACCUUGAAUUUGAACAAACAAUUGACCAGCUCAUUGCGAAGCACCCAAAGUAUAGCGGGUUACAUUCUUGUGUAUACCCUUCCUUUUUUGUAAUGUAACAUUCAUUGAUAGGCGAUUCAGGUAGACUUAUAGGAUUAGGUCUAGUCGAACUGCAUUGCUGAAAAGCAUUCACAGUUUUCAA